AGGUCUUCAUUACGCACGUGUUAGAAACAAAGUUAAAACUUUUUAAGAUAGUUUAUUCCCGAUUCUAAUCAAUGGAUGCCAUGAAGUUCUACAACAAAUUAAAUUUGCUUAUUAUUCUUGAAAUAUUAAUUCUUUGUUUUUGCUGGAAUACUUUCACUAAUUGUUUUAAAAUUAAAGCCGCGAAGAUAAAUCCAAACAAAAUUGACGAUAAACAAUUACUACACAUUAAAGAAAAACCAGGAUUUGGAAAGGAAUUCGUUGGUAACAAGCAUGAAAAACGAUUUAUGCCUGCAAUUUUGGAAGAAUUUUUCACUUCUUUCAAAAAACGUAAAUUGACUUCGUUCAAUUUCACGUGGCCCGUGAAGAGAGUUGCCGAAAUAGAUGGCGAUGUCAUCCUCGGCGGUUUGAUGAUGAUACACGAGAGAGAGGACCAGCGCAUCUGUGGUCCAAUUAUGCCCCAGGGAGGGAUACAAGCGCUCGAGUGCAUGCUGUACACUAUGGACUGGGUUAAUGACCAGAAAGAUUUCUUACCUGGUAUUAAGCUUGGAGCAUAUGUCUUGGACGACUGUGAUAAGGACACUUAUGGUCUAGAACAAGCUGUGGAUUUUAUCAAAGGGUCCAUCAGUAACAUUGAUGAUGGUACUUACCGCUGUCCAGAUGGAUCGUCUCCAGCCAUUCGACAUAAAAGAAUAUCUGGAGUACUUGGAGCUGCAUCAAGUGUCACUUCCAUACAAGUAGCGAAUUUGCUUCGGUUGUUUAAAAUACCCCAGAUUAGUUUCUUCUCAACAAGCCCAGAGUUAAGCAACAAACAGAGAUUUGAGUAUUUUUUGAGAACUGUACCAUCAGAUACAAACCAAGCUGAUGCAAUGGUACAAAUUAUUCAACAAUUGAACUGGACCUACAUUUCAAUACUGUAUGAAGAAUCAAAUUAUGGUAUACAGGCAUUUACAGUGUUAGAAGAACUGCUGUCUAAGAAUGAUAUCUGCAUAGCUGUCAAAGAAAGACUGACCAAAGAUUCAGGAGUAGCUGGAGACUCAUAUUAUGACAGCAUUGUUCAAAAGCUAAUGUCGAAGCCGAAAGCCAGAGGUGUCAUAAUUUUUGCGUCAGACCAGGAAGUUGCUGGAGUGAUGAGAGCUGUACGCCGAAGCAACUGUACUGGUACUUUCUCUUGGAUCGGAAGCGACGGUUGGAGUGCUCGUUCUUUGGUCUUUGACGGCAAUGAAGAACAGGUUGAAGGUACCGUAUCAGUCCAACCGAAGGCACAUCCUGUUGAAGGAUUUGAUCAAUACUUCCAAUCACUGACAGUUCAAAACAAUAUAAGAAAUCCCUGGUUCACAGAAUUCUGGGAACACUUUUUCAACUGCAAAUGGCCAAAUAGUUUAAUGACACCUUAUAAUCAACAAACUGACAGAUCGUGCACAGGACAGGAAGUCAUUUCGCCUAAAACUGGCUAUGAAGCUGAAAAACAGUUACAGUUUGUGAGUGAUUCUGUUUUGGCUUUCGCUUAUGCCUUGAAAGCUAUGCAUGCUGAUAAAUGUGGUGGAAUACCAGGUUUAUGCUCAAAAAUGAAGCCAAUUGACGGAGCAGUGUUUCUCAACUAUUUGAAAAAUGUUUCAUUUAAAGGACUUAGUGGUGAUGAAUUCCAUUUCUCUGAAAACGGUGAUGGGCCAGCUCGAUAUAAUAUUAUCCAUUUUAAACAAAUAUCUCCUGGAGUUUACAAAUGGAUUCGCAUUGGGGAAUAUAGAGACGGAGAACUGAAUAUCAGUCUCCCAGACAUACGUUUUCGAUUGGAAGAACCAGCAAUGCCCGAGUCAGUGUGUAGUCCCCCGUGCCUAACAGGACAGGCAAAGAAAUACGUAGAAGGCAGCAAGUGUUGCUGGCAUUGCUUCAACUGUACUAAAUAUCAGAUCAUUCAGCAUGAAACUACAUGUUAUGAUUGUCCAUUAGGAUACUUACCUAAUACAGAGCACACUAUCUGUGAAAUGAUUCCUUUACAAUAUAUGAGAUUAGAUAGCUAUUGGGCCAUAGGUAUAAUGGCAUUUUCUACGUUGGGCAUUAUUAUAACGUUAUUCGUCAUUGCUGUAUUCUUUAAGUAUAGAGAGACACCUGUUGUGAAGGCAUCUGGUAGAGAACUUAGUUACGUUCUUUUAGCUGGCAUAUUUCUUUGCUAUGCUAUUACUUUUCUUUUAGUUCAGAAACCGUCAGAUAUCAAAUGUGGUGCUCAAAAAAUGGGAAUCGGUCUCUGUUUCACUAUAGUAUACAGUGCUGUCCUCACUAAAACCAAUCGAAUCGAUCGCAUUUUCAGAUCUGGAGCUCGUAGCACCAAAAAGCCCAGCUUCAUUAGCCCCAAAUCUCAGUUGCUAAUCUGUGGAGGCAUCAUAAGCAUUCAAGUAUUAUUUUCAGCAAUGUGGAUGGGAUUUCGUCCUCCAAGAGCUAUGCACUAUCAUCCGAAUCCUGAUGAAAGCCAUCUUGUGUGUGCUGCAUCCAUUGAUGCAACUUAUAUGGUAGCCUUUGCCUAUCCAAUGAUUCUCAUCCUGAUAUGCACUGUAUAUGCUAUCCUUACAAGAAAGAUCCCUGAAGCAUUUAAUGAGUCAAAGUUCAUAGGAUUUACAAUGUAUACUACAUGCAUUGUCUGGUUAGCUUUUAUACCAUUAUACUUUACCACAACUGAUCAUGAUGAAAUCAAUGUAUUUACAAUGUCCGUCACCGUGAGCAUUAGUGCAACAGUAACUUUAUUUUGCAUGUUUACACCUAAGUUGUAUAUAAUUUUAUUGCACCCGGAGAAAAAUGUGAGACAACCAUUGAUGAAUCAAAAUAAAUUUGGGGGAGGAAAUGACAACCGUUUAAUUCCAAGCAAGAUUGAACAGAGCGCAACAUCUGAAGGUUCCCUUGAAGCCAGCGAUGUGAAUUGUAAACCGUGUGCAAAGCUAAUUGCACAGAAAACCAGCAGUACCCAAACUAACAAUGGAAACACUGAUGCAGAAAUCACUAAAUGUACCAGUUGUAUGGCAAUAGUUGAUAAGGAAUAGAAUAAUUUGACCACCAUAAUUCAGUCAUGUGAAAAAAUACUUACGACAUGCAAGAAAUCGUACAUUCUUUAAAGUUAAAAAUAGUGACUCACUUAAAUUUUUGUCAUUUCCUAGCCAACACUAAAUUAUGUUAAAAGACCUUAUUUGAAAUAAAUGCAAUUGAAGGACAGAAAAGUGAAUACGGGGGACACAUUUUUUGAAAAUCUGAUGGACCAUAUAAAAAGUCCAGUAUAAAAGAACAAGGUAGGUUAAUCACCAAAAAUUAUGUACGAUCAUGUUUAAUAUAAUCAUCUUGGAGAUUAAUGCAUUUAUCGUAUCGGUGGAUAAAAUUUUUCCAUAUUUUCCUCGAAACAAGUUGUCGACAAUGAUGUGAUAUGGGCCUUAACGUUCCUUUGAAAUACCUCAAUAAUUUCGAAUUAUUAUGUUGCCACUCCAGCAAAUUCUUCUAUUCUAGUAAAAAAAAAGAAAAUCGCACGAUUCUAAACCACAUCAUUGUGAGACGAAGUCUGUCGCCAAAGAACAUCUGGUUUCAAAGAGUUGAUCAGGUUGUUCGAAGAAAUGAAGAUUUAUAGAAUCCCAGUCAAAAAGCUGGCAGACCAGGACACAAAAAUUGAGAUUUCUUACUAUGAUUUUUUAGACGUUUCCGUUCCAUUUUAUUCUCUUAAAAGAACUCAAAAAUCAUCCAGAAUAAUGAGUAGCUCCAAAGGAAUAUUAUGAUACAUAUUACAUCAAUAGAAGCAACAUUUUUCGAAGAAGGGUUAGAAAUCCUAAGCCACCAAUAUGACAAAUCCCUGAAUCUCCACGACAAUUAUGUAAAAAAACAAAUCAUGCUGCGUCAUAAAUUUUGGUAAUGAAUUUAUUUUGUUUUCUGCCUUUGCUUUUACUUAUAAUAAAUUUAUUGGAACUUGAAAAUAAAAUGGGCCUUAUAUUUGAGUUUUAUAGAUUUAUUCAAAAUCUCCA